UCAUCGUCGUCACGCAGUGUGGGCACGAGCAGCACGAGCUAGAGCGUGCUCCCAGAAGAAGGAACGCCAUCACGAGCUGGCAAUCGUGAUCGCCGCCGGAGUGACUGCGAUAAUCUCCCUGCCUCUCUUGCAGCAUCUCUAGAUUAUCCCCUGGGGCUCCUCAGCCGGUUGGCAACGCAGACAGACGCUCCCUGUCAGCCGAUAACGUCAGGGCCCAUAACGUCGUCUGUCCUCGCGCCGGUUCACCUGGUCACCUGGCGCCAUGUCCGUGAGCCAGACGGUGUCGCCAGUGCCCACUCCGCGGUCCAUUCUGGUCGACUCAUCGCGGCGAAAGUCGGACCGCGUGCACACAGGACCCGACGAGUGCUCUUCCACUUCUCGGCCACGCAUGCAUUCCCUGACGUCCCGGAUGUGUAUAGCGUCUACAGCCGCACGGCCGGCGCGCGCAGUGCCCUCGGUUGCUGCGUACUCGUGGUCUCGCUGCUGCUGCUGCUCGUCGUGCUGCUGUUCCCGCACAGUCAUCGCACGCACCAUCACUUCCCGUGCUGGGCCCCACAGUGCCGCGAGUUCGUCUCCGCGUUGGCUGACUCCAUUAACGCCUCGCUGGACCCGUGCCAGGACUUCCACAGCUACGUGUGCGACCGCUGGCGACCGAGCUUCGGAGGUCGCUCCAUGCUCGAAGACUCGGCCAUCGGCUUCCGCAGGCGUGUGGGCGAACGCGCCGCCAGGACUUCGCCGCCGCGGCAGUCGCAGGCCAGUCACGAGAAGGCGGUCAUGCUCUACAAGAGCUGCCUGGCCGAGAGGACACGAGGAAUCGGCGAAUUCAAACGAUUCCUGCGUGGACGCCGCUUGCCCUGACCCAAGGUGGACACACGCGCCAGCAUUGUCGAAGUGGCUGUGGACCUCUCCGUGAACUGGCAUUUCCCGCUCUUCUACGUCUACCGUCUUUUCUCCACGCCAGGGCCAGCGAUGUUAUCUGGUACGAAACACUUGUCCGCGCGAUUUGUCUUCACCGAUGACUUCCUGGGACUGGGUCCGCGCCUUCUGCUGAAAGAACGCGAGAUGCGCAAGAACAACACCGAGUACAUCUCUCAAUUACGCGACGCCCUGAUAGAACGUGGCAACGAGCAAUCCGAGUCGGUCUCCUGCGAGCAGCUCGACAAACUUCAGAGGGAAGUUCUCGGUGACUCGACGGCAACCAGUAUCAACGAGUCGCUGGAAAACGAGACGGCGACUCUGUACGACAACAUCGUCACCUUCGCCGACGACCUCACGCCGUUAGUUUCUGGUCAUUACUGGUUCUGGCUGCUCACGAGAGACCAGCCAGUCCCGGUGGUCUCGGACGCAGUGCAGUCGAAGUCUACAACAAGAUGCACAUGCGAAAAGUCGGCGCUCUAUUCGGCUCGAACUCGUGGCAGACGGACCUCCUUCUCGUGGCGGGUCUCUGCGUGGUCCAAGGCUUGGGUCGUUUCGCCAGCAAUCAGCUCGCCACUCUCAUCUACGGCGAUCAAAUCGCUCGUGGCCGGCGCCACCCGGACCUGUGCUACGGGAUUGUGGACCAGAUGGUGCCGCGUCUGCUGUCUUCACCUUACGUCCCGCUCCUGCUUGACAUUGAGCGAGUCACGAAGGCCACCGAAGUGUUCCAAGCGGUCAAGUCGGCCGUCGGCAAAUCUGUGCGCCGGGCGGCUUGGCUCAACGGUGCCGUGCGUCCGGAGGCGUUCGCGAGGAUCAACAGGAGCGUCCUCAUCUUCGAAGCCGUCCUGACCGGCGAGGCCGCUGGUGCGGAAGUGCCCUCUCACGCGGUGACGGUGGACCUGCCAGACUUGGGUGAAGACUUCAUCAACAACCUGAGUUCCCAAACGGUGCCGUGCGUCCGGAGGCGUUCGCGAGGAUCAACAGGAGCGUCCUCAUCUUCGAAGCCGUCCUGACCGGCGAGGCCGCUGGUGCGGAAGUGCCCUCUCACGCGGUGACGGUGGACCUGCCAGACUUGGGUGAAGACUUCAUCAACAACCUGAGUGUCAUUCCCCGCACGUUCUGGGACGGCGUUCACCGCGACUUGUCGGUGACGCCGUCUUGGUUCGGCUUCGCGCCAGGAAACCGCCUACAGAGCAUGCGCGCUCCGGCACAGAGAACACUGUGGUGGGGAGACGUCUGGCACCAGCACGACGCGUCGCCGUUCGCGUUGUCUCCUCGCGAUGUCGUAAUCCCCAACCUGUACGUGCUGGAGUCUGUGUUUCCGACCGCGGCAUACGAGAGCGUUAACUAUGGCCUCAUGGGUUCGCUAAUAGCCCGCCAGCUGCUAACAAUAUCCCUCAGGGCAGCUGGCAAAGACGGUUCUUACAAGUCCAGGUUGGAUCAACUCGCUACGAACGAUAGCGUGCGCUGCGUUCAGGAGGCCUUUCAGCACGGCGACCUUAACGGCACGAAGUUGGGAGAGGAUCGCAGAGACACGGAUGCCAUGCUUGUGGCGGUGGCCUCAUUGAAGCCACUGUUAGAUGCGCUGUCCACGAGUCCCGGCUACCCGGACUGGAACCGCGGCUUUGAGGACUACAGCGCUGAGCAGCUCUUCUUUCUGGCGCUCUGCUUUCCCAGCUGCGUGUUACGGGAGGACGAAAUGGAGCCGAGGCGAGGUCUCAGCCAAGCAUCCUGGUGCAACGUACCGCUGAUGCUUUUUGACGCGUUCGGAGAGGCCUUCCACUGCCCGCCAGGGAGGACGAUGAAUCCUCGUUCCAAGUGCGCGGCGUGGUGACAGUGAUGGCGGAUGCGGGGCCGUUUUGAAGCUUAUUUUGUGUGACUCUCCACUUGUGCCUCUUUGUGUAUUGGCAAACUUCGCUUGAAACAAUUAUUGAAGCUACAUGACUGCUGUAUAGAAUACGGCCCACAGUAUCUUUAUUUUUCUUACUUCGAGGUAUAGUGCGGUUACUUUGUAUAGCCGAUGACGUAGCAAUAUCCUUCUUGUCGAAUUGGGCCAAACUGUUUUCGAUGACGAUGUGUCUGAAACCAGACAGCAGUUUUUGUUUGUUUACAUUUUUAUUAUGUGGUCUUUAACUUUCCGUUGUCGAAGUUGUGUGCAAUGUUGUGUUAGUUGCUUUGGCUCUCAGUUUUAAUAGACACUUUUCCCUGGGCGAUAAACCAAGGUGGACUGGC